AUGAGCUCGGAGAUGGAUGACUCUUCACCUGUGCGGCGGCGCGUGUCCUGCACAAAAAGCUUCGACGCUCUCUGGUUUUGCUACUGUAUGUUCUCCCCCCUCCCUUGUCUGGUCUCUGAAACUAUUUCCACAAUGUAUGUUUUGUUGAAGGGAUGUCUAGAUGGUCCAUCAAAACCAGCAAUGGCGAUGAGACAGAACAAGGUUGGGUUUUUAAGAAAAAACUGGAAUAGUCUUGAAAUAUUUAGCGACCUGAUUAACUCAGACGAUCUCUUUGCAGCACCAUUUUACCAAAUGCAGCAGUAUUACCGGGUUGGAAGACUUGAUGAUUGUUCUAAGAAGUUCUCUGAUCUCUUUGAUUGUCUUUCAUUAAAGACAAAAAGAGCUUCUGAAGCCGAGAAAAUCCUGGAAGAACAAGAGAAAGCAGAUGCAGCAAAACAUAUCUGGAUUAUGCGGACACAGGAAGAAGCUUCAAGUCAUUGGAACGAGACUUUUGGGCAUUUGGAUGAUCCAAAUUGUUAG